AUGUCUCUUCUCGAGCGAGCUUUCUCCUUCUUGAAUUGCACUUGUUGCGGAAAGUUCUUCGGCUACAACGAGAAGGUGUUCUCCUGUGAGAACCGGCGGAAUCGCAACUGCUUCGAUCACGAGGCCGUUUGUGGAAAGUGCAUGCACGAUCAUGCCGAAUCAAUCCACGUCAUGGACAAGCAGCGCUACAUCGUCGCUCUUCGUCACGACAUUGAGGAAAAGAUCCGUGAUUUCAUCAACAAGAUGGAGACGAAACUCUUUGAUGGAUCGAUUGGUCCUUUGAUAGAUCGAUCGAUUGUGAUGGCUGAGGUAGAGGCGAGCAAGGCCGAAUCUGUGGACUUUGCUGAGGUUGCUGAGAGGAGGAAAGCCAAACUGCUGCAACUUCGUUCUGUCUACAAUGGUUCUUUUGGGCUGAAAGUUGCUCAGCCGAAGUCGCUUUCGGGAACUUCUACCACAAGUGUUGCUGUUGAAUCGGUUCUCGAGAAAGAAGUGGUCGCUGAGGAGCCAAAGAAGCUUGAUUUCCCUGGAAUUGAUCUGAAAGUCUGGGAGGAGACCAAGUGGCCAAUGAUCAAGAAGCAUCAAGAGGCUCUUGCAAAUCAAGAGGUUCUUGCAAAGCUAGAGCAAAUGUAUCGACUUCUGUCUGCUCGACUUCAACCCGACAAGACGGCCCAAUCGACAUCAUCAUUUGACCCAAUCAAGGUGAUGCCCCUUCCAUCAUUUGACCCAAGCAUGGUGAUGCCCCUUCCAGUCUGGAAGGAGACCAAGUGGCCAAUCAUCAAGAAGCGUCAAGAGGACGAAGCAAAGCAAGAGCAAAUGCAAGCGUAUCAUUCUGCUCGACUUCAACCCGACAAGACGGCCCAAUCGAUCCCACCCGGCGACAUCAUCACUCAACCCAACGCGAAGGUCGUUUUCAACGCCCCCUACGACGACAAGCACACCCACGACAUCAAGCUGAUCAAUGCUGGCGGUCGUCGUAUCGGCUGGGCCAUCAAGACCAGCAACAUGAAGCGCCUUGGAGUCGACCUACCAUGCGGUGUUUUGGACCCAAAGGAGGGUGUCCUUGUUGCCGUCUCAUGCGAUGCCUUUGCCUUCGGUCAUGAAGAGACCAACAACGACCGCAUCAUAAUCGAAUGGACCAACACCCCCGACGGUGCCACCAAGCAAUUUCGCCGUGAAUGGUUCCAAGGAGAUGGAAUGGUCCGCCGCAAGAAUCUCCCUAUUGAGUACAACCCU